AUGGCCCAAGAGCUGCACGCCGCCCUCCUCCGUCCGGCGAUCCUCCACAUCCUGCGCGCCGCCGGCUACCACAGCGCGCGCCCGUCGGUCGUCGACGCCGUAUCCGACAUCGCCGCGCGGUAUAUGCUGCUGCUGGCCCAGCGCACCGCCUACCACGCCUGGUCCAACCACAACGAUGCCGACCCCGCCAUCUCCGACGUGCGCAUGGCCCUGACCGAUGCCGGCAUGCUGGUUCCGUCCAUGACGGGCGCCGAGGAGGCCUGGAAGGAGCUCCUGCGUCACCCGCUCGAGGACUUUCCCGAGCGCAACGGCUUGCGGUUGAAGGAGCAGCGCCGGCGGGACCUCGAAGAUACGGCAGACGUGCGCGAGUUCAUCGAUUGGAUCACCGGUCCUGCAAACAGGGAGAUCAUGCGAAUUGCUGGCUUGGAGCGCGAUGCCGCGCAGGGCGGAAAAGGCCUUGACGCCGCCGCAGACGCGAACGCCGUGAAAGAGGACUAUUUGACCUCACUCAAGAAGAAGCACAGCAAGACGGGCGAAGAGUCGAGAUUUCAAGGCACCGUUUUGGGCAUCCCUGCAGAUGACCGGCCGAUUCGAAUCGAAGGCGGACCGCCGGAAUCCAUUCACGACUGGAUCAAACACACGCAAGAGAAGGCUGUCGCUGCGGCGAAGCUGGAAAGCGAGAAGACGGCCGGCAAUGGUCUCGAAUCCGCGCCGAGAUCACCACCCGACGAGAAGGAAGAAGGUGAUCCAAUGGACGUGGAGAGUUGA